AUGGUGGAUAAGAACUUUAUGAAACAGCAUGUUCACCGUUGCUUACUGUAUGAGUUUCAAAAGAAAAGUACCACUACAGUAGCAAUGAAAAACAUUUGUGAAGUGUAUCCAGAUGCAGUGAAAGAUCAUAAAUGUCAGCUGUGGUUUAAAAGGUUUAAAGAUGUCAAUUGUGACAUAUUUGACAAGUCUUGCUCUGGAAGAGAACCCACUCUGAAUGACAACCUUUUGACUGAGACUGCUAUAUCAGAUCCUCAUCAAAACACCAGAGAUUUAGCACAAAAAUUUAAUGUGUCCCGUUCAACUAGCCAUGAACAUCUCAAGCAAAUUGGGCAAACAUACAAAGAGGGGAUUUGGGUUCCACAUUUGAGAACUGGACACAACAUUCCAUCAUCUGCAGCAGUCUUCUAA